AUGUCUGGCUCUUACGACGAGGCCUCACUAGCUCCGGAGGAGACCACUGACAGCUUCUGGGAGGUGGGGAACUACAAGCGGACAGUGAAGCGCAUCGAUGACGGGCACCGGCUGUGCAACGACCUGAUGAGCUGCGUGCAGGAGCGCGCCAAGAUCGAGAAAGCCUAUGCGCAGCAGCUCACCGACUGGGCCAAGCGCUGGCGCCAGCUCCUUGAGAAAGGCCCACAGUAUGGGAGCUUGGAGCGGGCCUGGGGUGCCAUAAUGACGGAGGCCGACAAGGUGAGCGAGCUGCACCAGGAGGUGAAGAACAGCCUGCUGAAUGAGGACCUGGAGAAGGUCAAGAACUGGCAAAAGGAUGCCUACCACAAGCAGAUCAUGGGCGGCUUCAAGGAGACCAAGGAGGCUGAGGAUGGCUUCCGCAAGGCCCAGAAGCCCUGGGCCAAAAAGAUGAAGGAGCUAGAGGCAGCCAAGAAGGCCUACCAUCUGGCCUGCAAAGAGGAGAAGCUGGCCGUGACCCGGGAGAUGAACAGCAAGACGGAGCAGUCAGUCACACCCGAGCAGCAGAAGAAGCUGCAGGACAAAGUGGACAAGUGCAAGCAGGAUGUGCAGAAGACGCAGGAGAAGUAUGAGAAGGUGCUGGACGACGUGGGCAAGACCACGCCCCAGUACAUGGAGGGCAUGGAGCAGGUGUUUGAGCAGUGCCAGCAGUUUGAGGAAAAGCGGCUGGUCUUCCUCAAGGAGGUGCUGCUGGACAUCAAACGCCAUCUCAACCUGGCCGAGAGCAGCAGCUACGUCCAAGUGUACCGGGAGCUGGAGCAGGCCAUCCGGGGUGCUGAUGCCCAGGACGACCUCAGAUGGUUCCGCAGCACCAGCGGCCCUGGCAUGCCCAUGAACUGGCCCCAGUUUGAGGAGUGGAACCCAGACCUCCCUCACACCGCCGCCAAGAAGGAAAAACAGCCUAAGAAGGCAGAGGGGGCAGCGCUGACCAAUGCUGCUGGUGUGGUGGAGUCCACGUCUCAGGCUGGGGACCGUGGCAGUGUUAGCAGCUACGACAGGGGCCAGACUUACGCCACUGAGUGGUCGGACGAUGAGAGCGGGAACCCAUUUGGCGGCAAUGAGGCCAACGGAGGCUCCAACCCCUUCGACGAGGAUGCCAAGGGAGUGCGUGUGCGGGCGCUCUACGACUACGACGGCCAGGAGCAGGACGAGCUCAGCUUCAAGGCCGGAGACGAGCUCACCAAGCUGGGCGAGGAGGACGAGCAGGGUUGGUGCCGCGGGCGGCUGGACAGCGGGCAGCUGGGCCUCUACCCCGCCAACUACGUGGAGGCCGUCUAG